GAAAAAACGUCCUGCCGUGCCUUGCCUUUCCUUCCUUCCUUCYAUCCCCUUCCCCUUCUUCUCCUCCCCUGCCGUCCCCCGCGGGCCGGGCCGGGCCGGGCGGGGCCAGGCGGAGUCUUUUUCGCCCGGCGGGAGUCUUUCUCUCCCGGCGGGAUCCGCCGCUGCUGUCGCUUCUCGCCGGAGCUGGAGCCGGAGCCGGAGCCGGGACCGGGCAGAGCCGCAGGAUGGACGUCCCUAACGUCGGUCCUGCCGACCUCCCCAAGCACAUCCUGGACAUCUGGGUCAUCGUCUUGAUCAUCCUGGCCACCAUCCUCAUCAUGACAGCACUAGUGCUGUGCCCAGCCACUGCUGUCAUCAUCUACCGAGUACGAACACACCCCACRCGCAACGGCAUCGUGUGAGGCUGGCUGGCUGGGCAGGGGGCUACAGCCAUGGGACGCUGUGCCAGGGACCUGAAUGGGGCACCCUGAGAGCUGGAGGGACGGGCAGGAGCCGGGGUGAGCCAGCACCCAGACAUCUGCCCCUGUACCUGGCUCUCACUGGGCAA